AUUAAAUCAUUUGUUGUCCUUUGAACAAUCUAGGCCUGCUUCCACAUCCGUGGUGGCUUUGGCAUUUGGCCGGUACAUUGUUGAACCUUUCUACAGCCCCUGCUCAGCACCCAAAUUACUUGUUAAAAUUGUCAGCAUAAUUGGAGUCUCAUUUGCUGUGGCUGUGAAUUGCUGGAGUGUCACCUGCACCACACGAUUACAGAUAGUACUUACCACUGUGAAGAUGGGGGCCUUGGUUUUAAUUAUCGUGCCAGGAAUGAUCAAGCUUGCCUCAGGGCAAACAGAAAAUUUUCACGGUGCUUUUGACACCAGUUCCUUGACACUGGACAGGCUGCCAUUGGCUUUUUAUGCAGGAUUAUAUGCCUAUGCAGGAUCUUCGGUCUUGAAUUAUGUCACAGAAGAAGUCGUCAAUUCCAAAAGAAACCUCCCUUUGUCGAUCAUAUUAUCCAUGGUAACAGUGACAAUUGCUUAUCUUCUGACAAAUAUUUCUUAUUACAUGGUGAUGACAUCUCAAGAGGUUCUGGAAUCCAAUGCUGUGGCUGUGACCUUUGCUGACAGAGCACUCCAAGGGUUCUCCUCUGUCAUUCCAGUCCUUGUUGCUGUGUCCUGUUUUGGAUCUCUGAUCGGAGGCUGCUUUGCUACUCCCAGGAUGCUGUUCUCUGGCUCCAGGGAAGGACAGUGGCCUGUUCUCUUUUCUAUGAUUCACAUUCGAAGGCACACCCCUCUGCCAGCAGUGCUUCUGAUGUACCCUUUGAUGGUCUUCAUGAUCUUCGCUGGUGAGCUCUUUGGACUGAUAAAUUUUUAUAGCUUUUCUCGAUGGAUGUUUACAGGUCUGACUACUUUGGGCCUCAUAGUCCAUCGAUACCAACACCCAGAUCUUCCACGGCCUUUUAAGGUACAUCUAUUAAUCCCUGCUGUUUACACAGUUGUAUGUUUUUUCAUUGUGGGGAUGUCCCUCUACUCUGAUCCAGUCAACACAGGAAUCGGUUUUGCCCUCACGCUGACUGGUAUCCCAGUUUAUUUCCUUAUGGUUCAGAAGCAGAGACUGCCUUUAUGCUUCAUCAGAGCUUAUCACACCCUCACUAAGAAGCUUCAGAUUUUCCUGGAAGUGAUGCCACAGGAGGUGCAGACCUACUAAAUCUUCGGCUGAUUAAAGCUUUACCUUCAGAAAUUCAUUUGGACUUUAAAUAAUACUGUAUGUGUGCCUAACAUACAACAAGAUUUUAUUUUAGCUGGAAAGCAAUGUGUUAUGGGUUAAAGACCAUCACCAUGAAGAAAUAAAAUAAACAACAUUUAUCUGA